AUGGACUCGUUCCAGAAGCAAGGCCUCGAUGAGGAUGCCUUUGGAGACAACGGUCUUUCCAGUCUCAGGACGUUUGAUGCGUUUCCGAAAACCAAACCUACCUACCAGUCGGCGACGGCACGCGGUGGACAAUGGACACUGGCAAUCAUCAUCCUCUGUUCAUGCCUAACAUUCACAGAACUGCGGACGUGGUGGUCGGGGACAGAGACACACCACUUCAGUGUGGAAGGCGGUGUUGGACACGAGCUACAGCUCAACCUCGACAUCGUGGUAGCAAUGCAAUGCCGAGACCUGCACGUCAACGUCCAGGACGCAGCGAUGGACCGCAUUAUGGCAGGCGACCUACUCACCAAGGAAGACACCAACUUCGAGUUGUGGAUGGACCCGCGCAAAUCCCGCCUCAUCCCGCGCAAGCAGAAAGGCCAGAAGGGCAUCUACCACAACCUGCACUCGUCGGACCGGGCGCGCAAGAAGGCAGAAGAAGAAGACUCGCACGUCGGACACGUGCUGGGCCACUUGCGCGAGAACAAGGGCAAGAAGUUCCCUAAAUCACCGCGGAUCGCGCGCCAGAUGGCCAUCGACGCGUGCCGGAUCUACGGCUCGCUCGAAGGCAACAAGGUUCAGGGCGACUUCCACAUCACGGCACGCGGGCACGGCUACAUGGAACUCGGGCUGCAGACGCACCUGGACCACGCCGUCUUCAACUUCAGCCACCACGUCAACGAGCUCAGCUUUGGCCCGCACUAUCCAGGCAUCCUCAACCCGCUCGACAAGACCAGCGACAGCACCCGCCACAACUUCAUGCGCUACCAGUACUACCUGUCGGUCGUGCCGACCAUCUUCACCAAGCGCCGCGUCACCACGCGCGACGGCUCCCUCGACCCGGCGGCCGUACCGCAGCCGCCGACGCUCGACAUGGCGCCCGACAUGCUCAGGACCGACAAGGACGGCGUAGUACACCACGUCCCGCAGCCCCAGAGCCGCGCCGACUCCAAAUCCAUCUUCACCAACCAGUACGCCGCAACGAGCCAGAGCCGUGAGGUUCCCGCCAACGUCGUCCCGGGCAUCUUUUUCAAGUACGACAUCGAACCCAUCCUGCUGAUCGUCAGCGAGUCACGCAACGGCUUCCUGGGCCUGUUGAUCCGGCUGGUCAAUGUCAUCAGCGGCGUCAUGGUCGGCGGCGGCUGGCUGUUCCAGCUGACCGAGUGGGCGAGCGAUGUGAUGGGGAGAAGGCUGACCCGCAGGCGCAACACCGGCGUCUUGGGCGUGAGUAAUGGCGAUUUACAUGUGCACCAUGGCGAUAUGCAUUUGAAGAGGUGA